AUGAAUUCUUCAAAUGUGUUAACAGAGCUAGAAGCUCACCUCUCCAACACCCAAGCCAAAGUGUACCACCCCGAUCAUCCAGAGUAUACAAAACUCCAAGAAUGCUUCAUCGACAAACCCGUUCAAACUCUGGCAACUGUCAGACCCCAAACUGCAGCCGACGUCGCCUCAAUUCUUCAAUUCUGCCUCAAAAACAACAUCGGCUUCUGUAUCCGAACUGGCGGUCAUGACUGUGCUUCCCGGACCCUGGUCCAAGGAGCGCUAGUCAUCGACAUGCGAGAUAUAAAGCACGUAACUAUCUCAGAUGAUAAACAGACUGCUAAAGUCGGUGGUGGAAUCUUGAGUGGGGGGCUUUGUGAGAUUCUAGGUAAAGAAGGAUUGGCUACGCCUGUCGGGACUAUUGCUUCGGUCGGAUAUACCGGAUGGGCUACCCUCGGUGGCUACGGGCCUUUGACAUCACAUUAUGGAAUGGGCGUUGAUCAAAUUAUCGGUGCAAAGGUUGUUACUGCGAAUGGGGAGAUACGGGAUGCUGAUGAAGAGAUGCUGGUUGGUAUUCGCGGUGGUGGCGGAUCAGUCGGGAUUAUCGUGGAGUUGACUAUCAAGGUCUAUCCUAUCAGCACGAUUCUAUCAUCGACUAUAAUCUUUGAAUCAAGUGACCUACCUUCGACUCUAUCCGCCUACACCGACUACUACGAGAAUCUCCUCGCAGGAAACAAACUCCCGGCUGAACUUCAACUCCAGCCCUUCAUCCUCGAAAUUCCAAACCUGGGAACUGUUCUUAUGGUCGGAGCAACUUGGCACGGCAACAAAGAAGAAGGACAUUCGUGGAUCAAAAACGUCUCAAGUGCAGCACCUUGCAUAAUGCAAUCCACGGAAGAAACCACCAUGGCCGAACUAUUGGCAAAGAACGACAAAGCCUUCGCAGGUCCCUUCUUCGGCCGUGUCUUUACAGUUAGUUUCACGACACUUACCCCAAAGACUAUCUCCAUCUUAAGCAAAUACGCUACAAAUGCUCCUGGUGGUGGCGCAAUGUUUGCACACCACACCCUCCUCUCAGCUCAAGAACCUGUCAAAUCAGUCUUUGGAACCAGAGCAAGGCAUCAUAUGCUUGAGAUUUACGCUCUUACUAAAGAUGCUGAUGUGGCUGAGGAGAGGGUGAAGUGGGGUCGUGAGGUCAAAGCGGCGUUGGAGAGGGAAGAUGAGGAGAAUGUGCUUGAGGGAUCGUAUGUUGCGUUGGGUGAGCAUGGGGAGGAUUUGAAGAAGGUUUAUGGACAGCAUUAUGAGACGCUUUUAGGACUGAAGGAACAGCAUGAUCCGGGGAAUGUGUUUAAACAUAGCAUUCCUCGGUUGGUGACUGUUGAUGAGAAGGUUAUCGAGGCUGAGUGA